AUGAGUACUACCGAGAACACCGAGCCUAAGGUCGAGGAGACCAAGCCCGCCGAGGGGAGCGACAGCAAGCCCCUCGCUUCGUCCUCCGUUUUCUCCAUGUUUGGUGGUGGCGCAAAGAAGGAGAAGAAGGACGACGACGAGGACCGUGGCGACAACUCUGGCAGUGCCAAGGCCCAGCGCGACGCUGCCGCUGCCGCUAAAGGCGACGAGGAGGAAGCACCCCCUGAGUCGGAAGACGUGCACUUCGAGCCCGUGGUCAAGCUUACCGAGCAAGUCGAGACCGUCACACACGAGGAAUCCGAGGAGCAGGUCUUCAACAUGCGCUGCAAGAUGUUCAAGUUCGUUCAGGAGACUCGCGAGUGGAAGGAGCGCGGUACCGGCCCCCUCCGCCUGCUGAAGCACAAGGAGAAUGGCAAGACUCGCCUGGUCAUGCGACGAGACAAGACCCUCAAAGUUUGCGCCAACCACUACAUUACCCCCGAUAUGACGAUCGCUCCCAUGUCUACUAGCGACCGCGCUUGGCUCUGGAACGUUGCCGCCGAUGUUAGCGAGGGCGAACCCGAAGCCAUCACUGUGUCUGUGCGCCUGGCCAAUGCUGAAAACGCCAACCUGCUCAAGGAGGCUUGGCUCAAGGCGCAAAAGGAGAACGAGGAUCUGUUCAGCGCCGAGGGAAAGAACGAGGAGCCCAAGGAGGAGGAGCCCAAGGCCGAGGAAGAGAAGAAGGAGGAGCCUGCUGCUGCGUAA